UAUGUAUGCUACUAUUGCUAUGCAAACAGUCAUCAUCCAUCUUUUGUUGUUGUUGUUGAUCUCCGCCUCCCUCCUCAACUCACUAUUCCACCCAAACGCACCGUUUUUUCAUUCACAUUCCUCUCACUCAGAAUCAGAUCACACCACCGCAAAACCCUAAAUUCAAUUUUUCGAUCUUGCCCCUCGCAGCCGUUGUGGAAAUGGGGAGCAGGAGGGACGAGGCGCCCGCCAUAAACAGCACCAACGUCUUCGCCGCCCUCGGAAGCCUCAAGAAGAAGAAGAAGAAGCCCGAGAAGGACCACCAGGGCCCGUCCAAGCCCAAGGACAAGAAGGACGUCUUUUGGGCCCCCGCGCCUCUCACCUCCAAGUCAUGGGCCGAUGUUGACGACGAAGAUGACGACGACUACUACGCCACCACCGCUCCUCCCGAAUCUGUUUGGGCCGCGCCGACCGUCACUCAAAACGACGCCGCUGCUGCUGAGGAAAGUGAGAGUGAGUUGGAAGGUCUUGAUGAUGCAGAUGAUGAUGCUGAGGAUGAACAAGAAAAUGAAAAUGACUUAGAAGUGACAGAAGAAGCUGAGCCUGUUCUCCGGAAGCCUCCUGAACCACCAGUGGUUACAAAAGAAGCUGAAAGGCAACUUUCUAAGAAGGAAUUAAAGAAAAAGGGGCUUGAAGAACUUGAAGCUGUUUUGGCUGAGCUAGGAUACACACCGAAGGAACCCACUGGCCAAGAAGAUGAUUCCAAUGGUGCUGAGAAGAAAGAAGAGGAUCCUAAUGGUGCUGUGGAAAAGAAGGAGAAUGCUACCGGGGAAAGCAAAAAUGCUAAAAAGAAGAAGAAGAAGGACAAAUCUUCAAAGGAGCAGAAAGAAUCACAAGACCAGCCUCAUGGUGUGGAUGCUGGAACUGGAAAUGCAACUUCUGAAACUGCUGAAACGGAGAAGGCUGAGGAUGCAUCUGCAAUUGAUGUUAAAGAGAGGCUUAAGAAGGUUGCUUCAAUGAAGAAGAAGAAAUCAAGCAAGGAGAUGGAUGCUGCUGCUCGUGCUGCUGCAAAUGAGGCUGCUGCAAGGAAUGCAAGGCUGGCUGCAUCCAAGAAAAAAGAGAAGGCCCACUACAAUCAGCAACCAGUGCGGUAAACGGGGUGGUGGGUGUCAAAGUGACUGUAUCUUCUCUUUGGUGUUUAAUUUUCCUUUUGUCCUUUUUCAUUUGCUAUCUUUCUAUAUCACAUAUAAUGAGCAUAUGCUCUUUGUUCAUUUGCAAAUGCAAAAUAAACAUUGGAGCGGCUUUAGGUAAUUUGACUUUUGAGUAAGUUUUGUCUAAUUUUUAUAUUUAGUGGGGAAUAGAAGUAUUUAUUAGUGUAUGUUGUUGUUGUUCA